AUGCAGCCUUUCAAACUGACCACAUCCAACAAUGGCACCGUCGCUGGCGCCCACUCCAUCCCAUCGUCAUCGUCUUUGUCAGUCAAAUACCGCCCUCUGAUAAUCGGACUUCAUGGCGGCUGCUACGAUCAUCAAUACUUCGACUCCCUCCCAGACUACUCCGCAUCACCGGCCAGUGCCGCAUUCGGCAUCCCAUUCGUAGCAAUUGAUCGCCCGUCCUACGGCGGCACGAGCUCGAUCCUUCCAAUAUCCGUUGGCUCAGACUUUACCACAGAAAGUGCGACUUCUCUGCAUCAACACAUCCUGCCAAAGCUUUGGGACACAUUUGGAGUACCGAAUGAAUGCACCUGCAUCGUUCUUCUCUGCCACAGCCUCGGCGUAAUGCCCGGCGUCGCGACCGCAGCCCUGCACGCACAGGACAAGACUGCUCGCUAUCCCCUGGGCGGCCUGAUCGCAAGUGGGAUGGGCGACGUGCAAUCCGCAUCUGCAAAGGCCGCCACGCCUUCUUACCCUAAGUUGGACGACGGCCACGCGUUGUGCCCCUUGGAGCUGAAAGACGCCGUGAUGUUCAAGCCCGGGACAUAUGCACCAGAAAUGCUUACGCAAAGCGCGCGCUUGAAUGCUGUGGUGCCUGUGCCUGAGAUCGAAGAGUUUGCGACCAAGUGGUUGCCGGUGUGGAAGGAGAGGUGGGCGCCUGCUGUUAGAGUUCCGGUUAUGUAUGCGUUGGUUGAGGGUGAUCCGUUUUUCGUGGCUACAGAGGGAGAGGUUGAGAGGUGUGUGCGUGCUUUCAGCGGUAGUGUUCGUGCGGAAGGGAGUUUGAUAAGGGGUGCGCCGCAUUGCGUUGAGCUGAGCUAUUGGGCGCAGGGAUGGUAUGCGAGGUGCUUUGGGUUUGCGAUGGAGUGCGGUGCCAGUUUUGGGGAUGUUGGAAGAAGAAACGUACGAUGA